AUGCGUGUCUCCCUCCAUGCAACCCCCCCAGCGUCGAGGGGUCGCGAGAUUCCCCCUGGCUCUCAGGCGCGCACGCUUCUUGCGCUCGCACCGGCCGUACUGGUGCGCGCCGACGACGCUCCAUGCACCCUGCACGACGGGAACAACUUCUACGACCUCAGCAGGCUCACGGCCAACCAGGACUACAAGAUGACCUCGGAAAGGGGCCACGAUUUCUACAUGAACGUCUGCAGGCCCGUGGUCACCGAGACCUGGAACAUCCAGGUCCCGACUGAGGACGUUGGCGGCUUCAUUCGUCGCGACCAUGGCGACUUCUCCAUAGGGAGAGCAAACGAUACCCUCGCUUUCAAGGAAGGCGACCUGCUCAUGCGCAUGACCGGCGGCACCCCAUGCCCCAACUCCGAUUCCACGGGCAGUGCCACCAUCAGAUUCAUAUGCGAUGAGUCCGUGUAUGCAGCUGGCACCCCAGUCGUGAUAUCCCAAUACCCAGAAGAGGACGACGUAGCGUGCUACUACGAUCUCGAAUGGCGGACCCACUUCGCCUGUCCAAAAGGCGAAAGCUCCAUCUUCCACGGCAUCCUCAUCUUCCUCGUCAUCUUCACCAUAAUAACCCUCAUGCUCCUCAUAGUCGGCAGCACCCUCUACAACCGCUUCGUCCUCCGCCGCACAGGCUACUCCCAGCUCCCCACCUUCUCCCCCUCCAACCCCACAGCAUCCCUAUCCGACGCCCUCUCCCUCCUCACCGACAUCGCCCACAUCGCACUCGAGCGCCUCCACGACGCAUGGGACACCCUCGACCUCCGCUCCCGCCUCCACUUCUCCGGCGCCAGUACCGGCAUGGGCGGAGGUAUGGGCGGACGCAUGCCUGGCAGCGGUGGCGCGAGCGGACCGUGGCGCGGCGCAGCGGCGAGGGGCACGACGAACUCGGUGUCGCACCACUGGAACGUGGCCUCGGAGGAAGAGGCGAUGCUCGCGCCGGAGGAGCUCGACGAGCCGUACCUCGCUGGCGUGGACGCGGGCUCGCGCGGACGCGAGUUCCACCUUGCCACGACGGGCGAGGCGGAUGCUGUCGUCUGGGAGGACGAGGAGGAUGCGCGCGGGGGCGAGCCUACUAUUCGAUUGUGA